AGGAAACGGACGCCUCACUGCUGACAGUGACUGGCUACCCUGCAUUUGCCAUCGACAAUCCCGACCUCCAGCGGGCAACGGAAGUCAAAGUUAAAGAGACGCUGGCAGGAGAGAAGGGCUACAAGAGGUUCCUCAGAGACAGCUACCUCACAGUCCGCGAGGGUUCGCGGGACUCUACCGGCGACACCUCGGUCAGCGGGAGGGAGAGAGAGAACACAGUAAAAGAGACGAGAGGAGUGUGGAAAAACUAGUAGAUAGAGUAUGGCAUAAUAGUGAGAGAGAGAGAGAGAGAGAGAGGGGAGAGAGAAAUCGGCAAUGUCAUAUUAUACUGAUAGAUUCACAUCUAUAGGUUUGUAAAUGGUCUCAUCUGACACAGGUAUAUGAUGGACUGGAAUGCGAGUAUCCCCUGUUUUUUCUCUACGAGUACAUAUCAGAAAUGUGUCGCGGAAAUACAAGUAAAGCAGAGGAAGUGUGGAAAAAACUCGUGGACACCCUCACAGGGUUUGAAGAUCACAUGAUAGUCCCACAGCUGUACUAUGUCCCCGAGUCUGAGCUGUCCGACGAGGCGGGGACCAGUGCGGGCAGCAUUGCCACUGCCAGGGACAUGACGUAUAGAAUGGAGGUCAGGCGAGACCCCAUUCCAUUCCUAUGGGCCCAAUCUCUGUUCUAUACCGCCAAACUUCUUCGUGACGGUCUGAUAUCGGUACCGGACCUGGACCCUCUCGGUCUGCGGCUGCAGCCACACACACGCAGGAUAGGCGUGGCCAGACACCUCGGCUUCACGGCUCCCGGCCACGACACCGUCAUCCAGGUGGCACUCAUUUCUGAGACCGCCAGACUUCAGACCCUCCUGGCCACCCACGGAGUACCGACGCAGACACAGAAACAGGUGGAGCCAAUCAAGAUUCGUCCGCCGGGGGACAUCCUCAUGCGGGUGUACGCCAGACUCGGGGAGAACGGGAAACUGGGGCUCACCGGGCGACCAAAGAGACCACUCGGAGCUCUCGCCACUAGCAGAGUGUACCGGAUAUACGGAAUGACCUUUGUCUUCUAUCCGACGGACUCAAUGGCCGACUUCUACACGUCGUUUGACGUCAUGACUCUCAUCGAUGUUCUAAAGACAACUCUCCAGUUUCUCAACCUCAACUGGAACAUGGCUGGCAGACCCACACUUGUCUCUAUCUCACUGAGUCCAGACUGAAAGGAAACAACUUUCGGAAGUUUGUGAAUUUCCUGGCGCAGUUGAAACAGGGGGAGGUGGAGGGGUUAAAGGUCAGAGUAGAUCGUCUCCAGUCCCUCAUUCGGACGUCGUGCAUCGAGAGACUGGAAUGUGGACAUUGGGACCAGCUGGACCGACACCUCCAGCAAGUCUCAUGUCGAGGUCAGUGCUGCGGUCUCGAGGCAGUGGAGCUCGUCUCUCCUCCUCUGCAUCCUCUGCCAGCGACACCAGUAUCGGCUCCGUGUUCGAGGAGGGAGGGGCAGUGGGAGGGGCCGAGGAGAGAGAUCCUGAUGAUCCGGACUUCUCAGAUGGCGAGGAGGAGGAACCUUCAUAUCUCCCUGCUGAGAUCCGGGACAAGAAGCAUGAGAACCUGAGUAACCUUCUGUUGCAGGAGAGGAGCAGUCUCGGUCAGCUCUACCUCCUCAACGAGAUGACGAGGACGAGGAGCAGCAUCGACCUCAACAGUGGGGAGACGGCCGAGGAAAGAAUCGAGGCCAUCUACCUGGAGAGUGGCGUGCGGAAACGCUGGAUGUCAGUGAGAUACGCAGCUGCUCUGCUGAGGAAGGUGGUGGACUGUCUGGCCCCAUCCCUCACCGGCAUGCUCGUCAGGGGGAAAGAGGUGACUAUUGGUGUAUUUGGGUAUGCGGAGCAUGUGGUCACGGAGCCGAUGAGUCCGAAAGACCUCGUUAAGAUCAUCUACGACAUGUGCAUGCCUGCCGACCCCAUUGAGGCAGUGCUGCAACAAGAGAUCAUCAUCUACCUGGCCGAUGUGUUUACCAGUCAGGCUACCUUGUUCCAGGGAAUGUUGAGGCUCAGAAUUGGGUGGAUAAUACAGGCUAUGAAGAACGAACUAAAAGACCUCGCCACAGUGGAAAAACUGAAUUUGGUGACGGCAGAGAGACGGGUGGAGCAGCUGUCGCCACACCAGGUCAAACAACUGCUCAUCUACGUUCUACAGGACAUCGACUCUCGAUCAGCUCUGAGCACGAGGCAGUUGCACGGAGCCCUCAACAGAGUUCCUCCACUGUUCUAUGAGAAAGUGUACAACAUCCUGAAGAGAGCAUGUGGGGUAAAUGUAAGAGGCAAGACACUAUUACAGGUCCCCACGGUACACGAGGUCUCUGGACAGGAGGUGCAGUUUGCUCUGAAAGUGGAGGAACUCUUGAGCUCUAUCACCAUCCCCGAGUACCGCCAGGUUAUCGUGGAGAUGUUGAUGGUGGUUUCGACAGUCUUGGAGAGGAACCCAGAGAUCAUCUGCAGCAGCGUUCUCAAACUGGAUGAGCUGUUGGAAGAGUCUGUGCAUCUCUACACUGUGGACCAGGGGAAGAAAGGACAGGAGAAUGGGGAGGGAAGCAAAGAGGCGGUCGAGGAUCACUGUGCAGGAUUCUAUGCUCUAUUGCCAGACGGGAUGUCUGGAAGCAUAUCAUACAUGGCCAAGGCAGUUGUCAACACUUUACUGCAGCAAGGACUCAGCUACGACAUCUCCAAACAGUGCUGCAUUAGCUAGCAUCAUCCUCCCUAGCUCGACUCACAUUUUCAGCACGUUA